GGCGCGACACAGACAGUUGCAGAAGCGAAGCACGACGGCAGAGAGGCGAACCACCACGACAACACACACCACUGCACAUUAAUUGUUGCCCCUCGCACACCACCACCACAGAUACACUGGACGAUGCUGUUCUCGUUCCACACGGCGUGGUUCUCUACCUCGUGUCCGGAGGCCAUUGUCGAGCUGUGGAAGAAGCACGAUGGCGUCCUGGUGCCCGUGGACUGCGCCGACUUUGUCUUCAGUGAUGAUGCGGACCACGAUGACACCGCGCCGUUGUUUGAGACGGAGGAUUACAAGACUGACCAGUUGACCGUUUUCCGGUCCUCGUGGGUGCGGCGUGCCGUCAAUGCCGCCAGCAACGCGGACGCUUGCCAGCUACUGGACCAGUACGUCCUCACGCCGCCCCGAUCCGAUCACUCCACACCUCCUGAGGUUGCGGCUGCUGCAAGGAGCAAAGCUGCGCGCGGCAAAACGCGCCAAACACAGCAAGCCCAGUCACAACAACAAACACAGCAACAAACACAGCAACAACCACAGCAACAGCAAGCACAGCAACAGCAAGCACAGCAACAGCAAGCACAGCAACAACAGCAGGGACAGGACUGGGCGGAGGCGCCGGCCACGUGGGCUGCGCUUGGACGGACGUGGAGCACGCUGGACCACGAUGUGAGCAGCUUUGAACACGUGCGACGCGUGCUCUCCGUCGAUGCCAAUACCAUGAUUGACGAGUUUACCCCUGGCAAGGCGCCCUGGCGCGUCGUCAAGGCUGGCCACGCAUAGCACCACUUGUGUGUUUACAUGUGCGUUCAUGUGUGCGUUCAUGUGUGUGCAUGUGCGUUCAUGUGUGUGUGUGUACGUGUGUGUACAUGUGUAUACGUGUGCGUACAUGUGUGUGUGUGUGUGUUUUCGCAGGAGUGUAGCUGACUUCUUGCUGGCGACGGUUGCUUGCUUGCGUUGCUUUCUCCUUUUGUGCUUUGAAUCUUUUAAUACGUCGUUUAAUUGUCAACUAUAUACACGCGAGCAACCACGCUUGCGCGGGAAGCAGCACGCACGCACAAGCCACCG